CGGUGGAGAAACCUUUUAUUAAAGGGCCCCGACAUCUCCCUUAUAAAAACCAUAUCAACACAAAAAAUCCUCAUUAUUUCCAUAAAGUCGACAGAAAGAGCAGUUUUAAAAGCAGAAUGUCCUCCGCCAACGUGAUGCAGUUAGCCAAGAGAUUGGACCACUCCGAGAUUUACUUUAAGAAAGCCUGCCUCCAGAUUGUGAUGCUCAACGAGAAACUUUCCUCUGCCAGCAGACGAUACCGAAUGGCGCACGCUUCUGGUCGUCGUUCCUUCCGGUACUCGCUACGUCUGCGCUUGGCGGCAAUCGAGGGUCUACGUAACGUUUACUUUGAAUACGCCAUGAUCAAAGCUCAGGAGAUGCAGCAAGUCAGGCGUGACGAGGAUGAGGAGGGCGAUCGAAACGAUAUGGCCCAGUGA